AUGGCUAACCUCCUGCGGGGCGGCAUCUUGUACAGCUCCCUAUUAGGCAGAAACUCCCAAGUCACCAAUCGAAACAACUCGAUAGGCCCCAAGGAAAUCCUUAAAAACAAAAGGUCCUUUCUAUACUCGUGUAAAAAAAAGAAGGAGAAGCAAGCCCCCAUGCACAGCACUGCCUCUGUUGUUUCUGAGGUUGUCACUGUUAGUAAAAAAUCCAAGUCACUUGUGUGGAAGUCUGGUAGCGCAGAUUCGGUCGAGCGCGUCUGCUCUACAAACACAGAUAACGCUGCGAAAAAAAAUAUUUUCGUCAAUCAGAAUUUGUCUUUGCAGAAACCAACAGGAGUUCCAGUGGUAGUUCCCCACACACUGGAUGCUUCAUCUUCAAGGCAUCACUCCCUUGCUAUACCGCAUAAAAACACCGUAACCACCCCUGGAGUUGUUAAUGACAACCAAAUUCGUCUCAACUUCUCGGCCUACCAUAGCAAUCCUCGAAGUAGUUCAGCGUCGAUGAUCGCACAAAAAUUUUCAAUAUCCGGCUUGAAUUCACAAAAAGGUAACUAA